AUGACUAAGGUCCACUACUGCAAGGAGCCAGAAAACAACACCAAGUCGUGCAAAGCCCGAGGCACUGAUCUCCGCGUGCACUUCAAAAACACGCAUGAGACCGCUCGUGCCAUCAAGGGCAUGACCAUCAAGCGUGCCAUUCGAUUCUUGGAGAACGUCAAGGAGAAGAAGGAGAUCGUUCCAUUCAGACGCUUCAAGCACACCGUCGGCCGCAAAGCUCAAGCCAAGGCCUGGGGAGUUACUCAAGGAAGAUGGCCUAUCAAGUCUGCCAACUACUUGCUCGGUUUGUUGAAGUAAGUUUAUUUGUUGUUGUUUAUUGGUUUAGGUAACAGAAUUUGAUUUGAAGCAGCGAAAAAUUGAAUUUUUUGAAAUUGUUGAUGUAUGCCUGAAAACUCUGAUUUUGGUCUUCUGAACAGUUUCUAUUUUAAAGUUUAGUUUGAGACAGUAGAAAAAACGUUUUUUCUUAUGUCAUAAAGACUAACAUAAUAUUUGUCAAAUUCUGUUAAAAUAUUGAUGCUUUUGGGCAAAAACAACAAUAUUGUUUUAGCUAUAUUUUUAUAUUUACAAUUUAAUCUAUUUUUGUUAAUAUGGAUGUUUCUUUCAGGAACGCUGAAUCCAACGCCGAAGUCAAGGGUUUGGAUGUUGACCAACUUGUUAUCGAACACAUUGUUUGCCAACGUGCCGCCAAAAUGCGCAGAAGAACCUACAGAGCUCACGGUCGUAUCAACCGUAAGUUUUACGUUUUGAAACUGGUUUCUUUAUUUUGACUAAUUUUUCUAGGAUUUAAUAGUCGGGAUAGUUAAUGGUCGUAAGAUCAAUCUUUUUUUUGUAGUCAGAUACGUUUAGAUCCUGUUUUGAAGGUUUUAAAUAUUGUUUGACACUAAUAGAAGCUGAGGUUUAUUAAAAAAAGCAGUAGUGUACGUAAUUAAAUGUUUUUCUUCGUGUUUUAAGUGCAUUUUUAUGUUAUCUAUCUAUUUUACCUUGAUUAAAAUGCGAUAUUUUAGCCUACAUGUCUUCUCCUUGCCAUGUUGAGCUGAUCCUCUCGGAACAGAAGGACGUAGUUUCAAAGCCCACUGAUGUCGCCAUCAAGUCCAAGAAGGAGUCGAAGAAAAAACAACGCCGCCAAUUGGCCCGUGGUGAAUAUUAA